AUGGAAGAGGAUGACAAUGGCACUUCCAUGGAUUGGUGUGAUAUCAAGGAUUCAAAGGACCCUCAGCAUAGACCAAAGAAAGAAGGGGAGGCUAUGGUAACCCCGGGAACUAACAGUCGCAGAAAAACCAAUCCUCCAAGAUGGGCGAUAAUCGAAAAUGAUGCCUACUUUCAAGGAGACAAGGUCAUACAACUGACCAGGAAUGAAGCAACAGGGAACCUACAGAGUAGCUUAGGUUGGGUGGCUCACAAUAAAUCGGUUCCGCUUUGGGACAGCUCCUCUCGAUCUCUGGCCAACUUCUCUAGUCAUUUUCAAUUCGUUAUCGGCAAGGGCAAUGGUAAUCAAAGCAUUUCUUGGGACGGACUCUCUUUCUUCUUGGCGCCUUUCGACUUGGAACAGCCCUUGAACGUUGCGGGAGGAGGUCUCGGCUUGGUUAACGACAAAACUUCUACUGGAUCAUCCUAUCAGAUAGUUGCUGUGGAAUUUGACACUUAUCAGAAUCUUUGGGAUCCUGAUGAAAAUCAUGUGGGUGUCGACGUCAGUAGUGUUUAUUCAAAGAAAAACGUUUCGCUGAGGAACAUGGCUGCAAAUUCCAAUCUUUGUGAUGCAAAUCUCAAGAAUGGAAAUCAAUGGGACGCGUGGGUGGAUUAUGAUGGCGGGGCUAUGAGGCUGCAAUUGUUUCUCUUCUGUAACCCUAAUGGAACAACUGUUCUACCUCCAACCAGCGCUCCUAAUGAAAAUAACUCUUCUUUUGCAAAUCCCAGAAACAGAAACAAAAGCAAGAUUUAUCUCCGUGUCAUUUUGAUAGUAGUCAUCUGCAGCGCUCUUGUCAUCUGCUGUUUCAUAUUCAUCGGCUGGCGGCGGUAUUUCAGAAAAACCAAAUCUGGUGGUAACGCAAGUGAGGAGAGCGAUGUGGAGCUGGACAUAUGGUUUUCUCAGGGCCCGCGAAAGUUCUCUUAUACGGAGCUCUGUACUGCGACGCGGAAUUUCAGCGAUAGUGGAAAGCUUGGGCAAGGAGGCUUCGGUGGUGUGUACAGGGGCAUCCUGCCUGGCACAAACGAAGCGGUGGCUGUGAAGAAAGUAUCCCAAGGAUCGAGUCAAGGAAGAAAAGAGUAUAUUUCCGAGGUUACUAUAAUCAGUAGGCUGAGACACCGUAAUCUUGUGCAGCUUUUAGGAUGGUGCCAUCGAAAGGGCGAUUUGCUCCUGGUUUACGAAUACCUGCCUAAUGGUAGUCUGGAUAAUUAUAUCUAUCAUGGGGAACCGAAGGGUUUUCUGGAUUGGGGCCGAAGGUAUAGUAUUGCCUGUGACGUAGCCUCUGCAAUUGUUUAUCUCCAUGAGGAAUGGGACCAACUUGUUGUCCACCGAGACGUAAAGGCAAGUAACGUAAUGUUGGAUUCGAAUUUUAAUGCCAAGCUGGGGGAUUUUGGUCUGGCAAGACUGGUGGAGCGUAAUCAUGCAGCUUCUCAUACAACUGUGGUGGCGGGCACUCUUGGGUAUUUAGCUCCUGAGUGUGUAAUGACAGGGAAGGCCAGUCCAGAGGCGGACGUGUUCAGGUUUGGGGCUGUGGCUCUGGAAAUUGCCUGCGGAAGGCGGCCCGGACGCGGAGAGAUUUUAUGUGCUGCGGAUGAGAAACUGGGCGGAAAGUUUAACGAGAAGGAAAUGGAGAGGGUGUUGAUGGUGGGAUUGCUGUGUUCUCACCCUGACCCAGCGUCAAGGCCCAAAAUGAGAGAGGUUACAAAGAUAUUGAAAGGGGAAGUUGAAUUGCCAUUUGUUCCUCUUGAUUUGCCCGUCGCUGUGUACAACCAGCGCCUUCGUCCUGAUAUCAUCUCAAGCUCGUCGGUUUUCACGUCUUCAACGUGUUCAAGCCGUCUGGAUAAAAUGUCGGCGUCUCCAUUGUUUGUCUCCGAUCCUCGCUAG